AUGGACAAAAAGAUGUGUAAAGCAGUGCAGUGGGGCGCCCCGGUGGCUCACCGGCCGGUGGAGGUGGAGCUGAUGGAGGAAACAGAUUCAGCGGUGGUUGCCAUGGCAGCAGAGCUGACUCAGGACCAGGUGUCGUGGACCAGGAGAGAAGGGGAAAAUGUCACCUUCAGAUGUACAAACACUGACCAGUGUGCUAACUAUAUCCUCUGGUACCAGAAGAAAGAGACGAAAACAUUCACCGUGAUUCUUCGAAUUCAAAAGAGUAAUGGUAACAUUUACAAAGGAUACAACCAUCCUCAGAAGGAUGAUUUCUCAUCAGUCCUCAAAGAGAACAGCUACAGGUCAGUGGAGCUGUCAGUGGUGCGGCCCAAAGUGAGCGUCUACCCAGCGACGGGAGCUGAUUUAAAGGGCCGGCGCUCCCUGCUGUGUGUGGCCAGAGACAUGGUCCCUGAGGAGGUCCGGGUGUCCUGGAGGAGGAGAGGGGGGGGCAGAGGGGGGGGGAAGGACGGGGAGCAGCUGGAGCUCAGAGCCCCGACAUACGCUGCCAGCAUCCUGGUUAUUGAUCAGGGAGAAACCCUCACAGAUCAAUACAACUGUACGGUUGAGCAUGAGAGCGGUCUGCAGGAAGUGGAGGUCCCAGCAGAAAUGACCUUGACGUCAGAAGGCCCCGGAAUGAUAGAAAUGACCUUGACUUCAGAAGGCCCCGGAAAGACAGAUGUUACCUUAGCGACGUCAGUUACUACGGACCCCCGGCGUCCAGGGAGACCCAGAGAAGGUCCUUCAGAUGAAACACACCGGGUCCCAGAGUCCCUCCAGGUGCUGUCCAGAGCCAGGCUGGCGUCUGUGCUCUACACAGUGAUGGUGGUGAAGAGUGUGCUCUGCUGCUGUGGCCUGGCUCUCCUGCUCCUCCACACCAACAAGACCAGCAGGACGCCCAGAACCAGCACCACCACAGCCCUGGACUGACGCUGCUGUCCCCCAGAACCAGCACCACCACAGCCCUGGACUGACGCUGCUGUCCCCCAGAACCAGCACCACCACAGCCCUGGACUGACGCUGCUGUCCCCCAGAACCAGCACCACCACAGCCCUGGACUGACGCUGCUGUCCCCCAGAACCAGCACCACCACAGCCCUGGACUGACGCUCCUGUCCCCCAGAACCAGCAGACCCACCUCGCAAAACCAUAAGAGAUCAUCAUGUCAUCAUUUUAAUCAGUUCUACUCUUCAUGUUUUUUAAGUUUACUUUCAUUGCUUUCAUGUUUGUAAUAUUUUUCAUUGUUUAUAUAAUGUGUCCGUCCUGACGAAGUACUGAACUCAAUACUCACAGUAGACAACAGAAACCUAGAGCAAAAACAUAGAUAACGUAAGUGGCUAGGGAGUUCAAAUAGUUUGAUAAAAAGUUAAGAAAUAUUUUAGCAUUCAGAAUAAAAUGAGCAAUGAUAACAUAUUUUAUUAUUAUACAUAUAUUUUACAUAUUAUGAUUGAUAUCAUUCAAAGAUAAAUUCAUCAUCGCUGUAUUUGAUAGUACGACUUAUAUUGACAUUUAAAUAAAACAAUUGGCUAUC